AUGGAAAUAUUGAGGUCCCUCUGCAGACUGAAGCGAAUCCAGGGCCACAUGAUGUCCACUCAUGUGGAACCAGAGGUUCUCCUGGAGAAGGUGGGCCGAGCCGGUGUGAUCACCAUGAACAGACCCAAAGUGCUGAAUGCCCUCAACCUGACCAUGAUCCGACAGAUCUACCCUCAGCUCAAGAAAUGGGAAACAGACAAUGAUACUGACUUUGUCAUUAUCAAAGCAGCAGGUGGAAAAGCCUUCUGUGCUGGUGGAGACAUCAGAGCGGUCACGGAAGCAGGCAAGGUUGGUGACCCUCUUGCGCAGGACUUUUUCCGUGAGGAAUACAUUCUCAACAAUGCUAUAGGAACGUGCAGAAAACCAUAUAUCGCCCUUAUUGAUGGAAUAACAAUGGGAGGGGGUGUUGGUCUAUCAGUUCAUGGACGGUUUAGAGUGGCCACCGAGAAGACGCUGUUCGCCAUGCCGGAGACUGCCAUCGGGCUUUUCCCAGAUGUGGGAGGUGGAUAUUUUCUGCCGAGGCUCCGGGGCAGGUUGGGUCUGUUUCUGGCUUUGACGGGCUUUCGUCUCAAGGGACGCGAUGUACAGAGAGCUGGAGUCGCCACUCACUUCGUAGAGUCUAAGAAGAUCCCAGACCUCGAGAAGGAGCUGGUGGAUUUGAAGUCUCCCUCUGCUGAAGAUGUCACCAGGGUGCUAGACACCUACCAGAACAAGAGUAGUCUGGAUUCUGAUAAACCUUUUGUCUUGGACAAGCACAUGUCUGAUAUUGACAGGCUGUUCAGCGCCAGCAGUGUGGAGGGAAUAAUGCAAAAUCUGAAGGCAGAUGGCUCUGAGUUCGCUAAGAAACAGGCUGAGACGUUGUCCAAAAUGUCUCCCACAUCCCUAAAGAUCACCUAUAAGCAGCUGCAGGCGGGUGCCUCUAUGAGCCUGCAGGACGUGUUGGUGAUGGAGUAUCGACUGAGCCAGGCCUGCAUGAGGGGCUGUGACUUCUAUGAGGGUGUACGAGCCGUGCUGGUCGACAAAGACCAGAAUCCCAAGUGGAAUCCGUCAACGGUGGAGGAAGUGUCUGAUGAGAGCUUGGAGCACUGCUUCUCCUCGCUGGGAGAGAGGGAUCUGACUCUCUGACUUUCUCCCAUCAGCCCAGCAGCUGUUUCCCACCUUCAAACACACACCACUAAGCCUUCUGUAAACGGCUGCUUCCUGUCCCCUUAUCCCUUUAUGGUCAUUUGAGAGGACUGUACUCCUGAGUACAUAGAUAGGUCAUAAUGGUUUGAUUCUGUACCCUUAAAUACUGUAGAACUUUUUCUCUUGCUCUAGUGACAUUUUACAGGAAAAUUCAGACUUAUGCAGGCUAUUUCUGCAGCUGAGAAAAACAACAUCUGAUUCAUGUUCACAGCCAGAAAUUGAAAAUAGUAGCAGAAGAGGUAGGUAAACAGAUGCCCUGUGUGUCACACAUAAAAAAUGCUUGGUGUAUACAUGAGGACAUGGUGUGGUAAAGUGAUCUCACCACUGAGUGCUUUAUUAAAUUUUCUGUGUGUGUUUGUUGAUGUGACAUGGAUCAGUAUCAUCAGUAUUUCUGCAGAGUGGACACUAAUACAGAUAACUCAUUGUUACGAUUUCAGUGGUUUUCCUCUUUUUACAGCUUUUUUUCUUUUUAGAUGAUGAAUAAAAAAGUUGUUCACUGACAUAUUCAAAGCACACUCCCAAGACAGGUGGUAGAUUAUAUCAGUAUUUGCUCUGAAUGCAUUUAUGUGAUUGUUAAAAUGCAUUUUAGAAAUCAAGUAUGGUUUCAGGAGCCUGAAAUGUACUGUAUACGAUAUAUUGUGUUUUUAUGUAACUUAGUACUUCCUCUGAUCGUCUUGUUUUGGUGGUAGGAAUGAAAUCACCUUCCAAACAUUAGUUUUCAUUAGCUGCAUUAUUUAUGAGACAACCAGAGCAGAGUCAGGUGGGGCGUUGGUACUGGAACAGAGGGCAGCAAACAGUAAUGUAAUGGUAAAAACUGCUCCUACAUCUUGUGUUUAAAAGAACUAGUUAUUGAGGGCAGUAUUCUUUUAUGAGCUCCUAAAGUGUUCUUGUAAAACAAUGACCUGUCUUUAUAAAGUGCCUUAGUUAUCAGCAUGAAGGCAUUAGGCUGCUGCUAAGAUAUAAAGCUCGGAAAGUAUAAUAAAGAAGAAGAAUAAAGAAGCUUUCAGUCUCAAAACUCAAAAAUCCCAUACUGGAAAUAGCUUGAAUCCUGUCUAUAGUAUGGGUCACCUUUAUCUCGUCUGUUUUAAUCUUCCCUACCUGUUUUAUAUGAACACAGUCAAUCUCAUUUCAAUAGCAGCCUCUUCUAGUCUGUGUGUCAUACUCAUCAGGCAUCACCAGGGCUGCCACAUGCAGUCUAAAGCUCUUUCAGUCUUAACAGUGAUGCCUUCAGAGCAGCUCACUGAGUGGACAGGAUGACCUCCACAUACUUUAGACAAUAACCUGCCAUAAACACUGAGAACACAGUCUGAGUAUUCCUGUCGGCGUCACGGAUAAACCUCCAUGCUUUAUGGCUACCAUUUGCUCUUCAAACAAGCACUGGCCGACAGUUAUCUCUGAAUCUCUUUGUUUGUCCUUCAUGCUGCUGAACUUUUAACCCACUGCUUAUACAGGAUGCUGCACAUCCGUGUGUCUUGUUUGACAGGUACCUUAAACAAAUACUGCAGAGACAGUCUUUGCCACUAAGAUGUUAGAAAGCCCGUGUGUGUAUCUCAACCUUACAAAUACCCAAGAAGUUGUUGUGAAGUUGCAGUUUUGGAAAGUAGUAAUGAAAUAUUUCAGUAACAAUAGAAGGCAUAAGUUUGAUUUAUUGGCAUCGUCAGUUGUUACACUUAUGUACGGUACGGAAGUUAAAUGAAUAUUGUACUUAGGAAUAAGCACAAUGUCACUCAUUUUAAGUUAUUUUAUGAUAUAUUCACAGGCUGACAUGUAUCUUCUUACAGAGCUGCAUCUUGAGGUUAUGUUUCACUUAUUUGGCAGCAGACAAAGCGUGGAAACAGUGGCUGUUUUAAUGCAUUUUUCACUAUUUUCUGACAUUUCAUAGUCAAAAUUAUUAAUGAGGAAAAUAAUUGACAGGUUAACUGAUCAUAAAAAUAACAGUUUGCUAUAUUAAUAAUAAACCACACCAAAGGCUACCACCCCACACUUCAGGGAACCUGUUCUUGAUUAAGAAAUCCUACAAAAAAAGUGUGUGGGGUGAGUCUGGCCAGUACAGGAGCAGCAGCGUCUCCCUUCUCUGUCCAAACACCUGCUGGUAUAAAAUAUUCUAAAAUGAGUGACCUUUGAAACUAUAAAUCACAGUUUUUAAAAAGGAAGCACUGGCAGCCUUUUGGUCAGUGUUAAUAGCAUCAACUGGACGACACAAAUGUUUGAAUGAAGACAGGCGUUCACACUGGAUCAGAUUUUAAACUCUUUGCAGAGCAGGUACAGUGUCUGCCUGGCUGUCUGAAGAAGGAAAAUCAAAUUCACUGUAUUUCUUUUAGACAACCACAAGACCUGACCAGUGCCAGAGUUUAAAAAGGUGACCUUUUGUGAAUUUGUAAACACAGACGAUACCACAAUUUGUCAAAUUUGAACUUCUCCAUGGUGACAUCACACUGGAAAUGCAACAUUAGUUAAGCCUGACAUCAGCGUUAUGGCAACAUGUUUGAUGUACUGUAUAACCUAAGAAAUAGAUUGCCAUCACCUGGUUUGGAUUCAGUACUCUGAAUAUAAUUAAUGAAAAAUCAACAUAACGUAAAAUGAACUGACAAACCUCUGGCAAACACAUUGUUUUCAUACUGCAGUCAGUUCUUUCUUGUGCUAUUGAAACCAACCUUUUGGUGUAGAUCCUGACAUUCACACAACAUAGUUGUCAACACAGCAGUGAGAUUAGCCUUUGUCACUUUAUCUGAAGCAAAACAAAUGGCAUCCGAUUAAGAGUAUGGCAUGUAGAGAACAGUGUCAUCCCUAAUCUUUAGUGAUUUCACAACAUGUUUGGCAAAAGCCAAAGAAUUAAUCUGUACAGAUGUUUUAGUUGUUCACUUUUUGGAUGGGUCUGCUCAUUACCCAGCUCACCUAAACAAUACAGCUUGUAAAAAUGAUGGUGCACUUCGCUAAAAUGGACACAGCUGACAAUGGGACUUACUCAUCCAUCCACCCAUUAUCUUUACUGCUUAUCCUUUCAGGAUGGGGGGCAGGGCUGGAGGUAAUCUCAGCUGACAGUGGGCAAUAGGCAGAGUACACCCUAGACAGGUCGCCAGUCUAUACAGACAAACAACCACUCAGUCAUUCACAUCUACACCUACAAUUUAGUCACCCAGUUAACCUAACCUGUUUGUUGCUGGACUAUGGGGAAGAAGCUGGCACAGGGGCUCUGCGCGAACCAGGGUUCAAACAUAUAACCUUCUUGCUGUGACCCCCAUGCCACCCACUUAUACAUAUUUUACUAUAAUUUAUUGAUACUGACCAAUGUUAUAUCAAUAAAGAAACACUGUUACUGUUUUAGUAGAGAAGAUCUGGGAAGAAGGCAUGUGGUGACAAUUACCUGCCACUGUUUUUAUGGCUUAUUAGCUUGUGUUGGACAGUUACCGUUAGAAUAGUCCAACCUCCUAUUGUGACUACAACAUUGAUCGAAGCUGGUUAUCACUGCAAAUAGUUGUGUGAUAGUGUAAGUGUCCUCUUAAGUGCUCUUAGCAGUUUCACUUGCAGUGUGACUUGAAUUUUGGGUAAAUCCCAAUGACAUCAGUUUGAGUACCUGUGUACAAAUCUUCACAAUUUGAUGUCCAAAGCCUCGGCAUAUAGUUAAACUCUCUCCCUCUGUCCAGUGGAUGAACACCAGACCUUUAUAACAUAAACUCUCAUGUAAAUCAUACUGUAUAAAACAA